UGCCUCCCCCUUUCUCUAUCUCUCCUUGUCCUUGUACGACGUAGCAGUCACACAUUCCCUGCUUCCAGUUUCAUAUAUUUAACAAUUAUUUUAUUAAUAUUGAAACGAACAAGGGUAUAUUUUUAAGGUUGAUUUUUUUUAAAGUAUUUUUAGUGGGGGGGCUGGAUGAUGGACGAGCGAGCCGAGAGGAUUUUUUUUUUUGGAGUGCGGUGUUGGGACUCGACGACAUGACUGUGCAGCACCAGCAAGGACAUUAAAAAAUUAUUAUUAUAUAAAAUUUAAUUUAAUUUCUCGCUUUCUGGAUUUUGACGAUUAAGCGGAGACAAUGGCUCACCUGAUCCGACACAAGCUGACCAACAAGCUGACCAACGCGGCCCACACGGUCUCCAACAAGUCCCAGGCCAAGGUCAGCGGCGUGUUCGCCCGCCUCGGCUUCCAGGCCGCCACGGACGAAGAGGGCGUGGGCUUCGCGGAGUGCGACGACCUGGAUUAUGACUACAGGCAAGGCAUGCAAAUGGACACCUUCCAAGGAGGGGACGAUGAUGACGGUGGCGGCGGCGGCGGUGAAGGAGGCCUCGAGGCCGGGGACAGCCACUACCAGAGGGACGGAACCGGACCCAGGUCCGCGUCACUUAAGACCGGGGGAUCCCUGGACGAGGACAAGCCCAAAAUCACGUCGUGGGAGGCUGGAUGGAACGUCACUAAUGCCAUUCAGGGCAUGUUCGUCCUCGGCCUGCCCUAUGCCAUCCUGCAUGGUGGCUACCUGGGUCUCUUUCUUAUCAUCUUUGCAGCAGUGGUGUGCUGCUACACGGGCAAGAUCCUCAUCGCCUGUCUCUAUGAAGAAAACGAGGAUGGUAUCAAAGUGCGGGUCCGCGACACCUACGUGGACGUGGCUAACGCCUGUUGUGCACCACGCUUUCCCGCUCUGGGCGGCCACGUUGUGAACGUGGCGCAAAUCAUCGAGCUGGUCAUGACGUGUAUUCUGUAUGUGGUGGUGAGCGGCAACUUGAUGUACAACAGCUUCCCGGGUCUUCCUGUUUCUCAGAAGGCGUGGUCGGUGGUAGCAACGGCGGCGCUGCUUCCGUGCGCUUUCCUAAAAAACCUGAAAGCCGUGUCCAAGUUCAGUUUGCUGUGCACGAUAGCCCACAUUGUUAUCAACGUCCUCGUGAUUGCGUACUGCCUCUCCCGUGCUCGUGAGUGGGCAUGGGAGAAGGUGAAGUUCUACAUCGAUGUCAAGAAGUUCCCCAUCUCCAUCGGUAUUAUCGUCUUCAGCUACACUUCGCAGAUUUUUUUGCCGUCGCUGGAAGGCAACAUGCAGCGGCCUUCUGAGUUCCACUGCAUGAUGGAGUGGACGCAUAUCGCCGCCUGCGUCCUCAAGGGUCUCUUCGCCUUGGUGGCAUACCUGACAUGGGCCGACGCCACCAAGGAGGUCAUUACGGAUAACCUCCCGUCCGCUAUCCGUGCUGUUGUCAACAUCUUUUUGGUAGCUAAAGCGCUCCUGUCCUAUCCGCUGCCUUUCUUCGCCGCUGUGGAAGUCCUGGAGAAGUCGCUCUUCCAGGAUGGUGGGCAGGCCUUGUUCCCCAAUUGCUACGGCCCCGGCGGCCAGCUCAAAUCCUGGGGUCUGGGGCUCCGUGUUGCUCUUGUGGUGUUCACUCUUCUAAUGGCCGUUUUUGUUCCGCAUUUUGCGCUUCUUAUGGGUCUCACCGGGAGCCUCACAGGCGCCGGUUUGUGCUUCCUGUUACCAAGCCUCUUUCAUCUGAAGCUGCAGUGGAGGAACCUGCUGUGGCAUCACGUUUUCUUCGACGUGGCUAUUUUUGUCAUCGGGGGUAUUUGCGCCGUAUCGGGUUUCAUUCACUCCAUUGAAGGGCUCAUAGAAGCUUUCAGGUACAAUAUCCAAGACUGAGAGCUUUUUUUUUUGGUGUUUUUAUUCACCUUUCAUCCCAAACCGCUACCCGACCAAGCAGGUGGCAGUGACCUCAUCCAGAGGAAGAAAAAAACAAUUAUAUUGUGUAAAUUGUAUAACUUUUGAUUUUGCCUUUUUGUGAUGAUGACGUGCAAUAAUAAACUCUACAAUCAUGAUGUAAUAUAAAAGUCUCCUUUACGGACGGCGAAGACACUUGUGUCCUCAAGUCACGUGUGUGUGAGUACGUGUUCAUACUCGGGGUUUGCGUAUGUCACGUACUGCAUGUGCGUAAAAACUGUUUUGUUUGCUGUUUAGAUAUUCCAGCUGCUACUUAGCUAAUACGUCCCACAUGCAAAACAAUAAUUUCGGGAAAAGAAAUAUACACCCUCUUCAAUUAUGUUUGUGUUCUGUGGUCAAACUGCUGCCAUAUUUAUGUUAAUACAGACAUUUUAACAUGCUUAACUGUUAUACAAGUGUCAAAAAAAAAAAAGUGAACCGAUGCUACCGUCAGCACACUUCGAUAAGUAUACUGUGUACACUAUGUGUCUCAAUUUGCGUGCUUCCAUACAUAUUAUAUAGUGUACGGUAAAAGCGUCCAAACAGGGAUCUAAGUACAUGACGUCCAUAUUAUACAUAAUGAAGUGUAUUGAUGGGAGUAUUGGAAUUGAGACACAGGUUGUGUAAUUUAGUUUAUGAGUGUGUGUCUAUGUGUGGACAAGAUUUUUAAUACCAAGUGGUCUAUAGUGUGGAAGAUGGAAUCCAGAGUGGGGUUCUUAGGCAGGAUGUUGCAUGGCUGAUUAAUAUUUUGUGCAGAGGGUGUUAAAAAUAAUUGUAAAUAAGUUAAUUUUUUAAACUUUAAUAAUGGUUCGGAGUGCAUGAGAAAGUUAAAAGGCUCUUUGACCGACACAACAUUAAUAGAGCCAAUGUUUUCGUAGCGGUAAGAAGCAAACCGCAGUCCGUAUUAAUAGAGGUGAUGUUGCAAACAAUAGUACAAUAGUCAAAUGCAAUAUUUUAAAGCGUAUGCAGAGGUAAAACUCAUGAUACUUCACUGAUUUGGAUAUCACGAUAUUAAUGCAAUACAGGAAUGCACAAACCUCUUAAUAAAAUCGAGCCAGCACCCUGCAGUAAAGAUGGUGGUCAUAACCUGCCGUGAAUAUAUUCUGUGUAGUGGUUUGACUAAUACUCAUCUCUUUUUUUUUUUUUGUUUGGGGUACAUUUCUUCAACUUCGGUAGAGAUCGUUUGUUUUCUCUGUGUCAUUCUGGAUGGAGUGAAUUUAAAAAGUGCAAGCAAGUGGCUCCUCUUUGUGUCGUAUGAAAAAGUGUUCUGUUUGUUGGAUGAUAUUCUCUUCCCUGUGGAACCUGUCAACUUGUGAUUUAAUGCAACUAAUCAUGGUGUGUGAGACAAAGAGUAUUUGUGGAAUGAAGAGAUCAAUAAAUGAAAUAUUUUAUGGCUGCUGA